AUGGACUCGGAUGACGACUAUGAGGAGAAAUAUAGCCACGCGUCGGGAGCUACUGAGUUCGACCUCACCCCUUUGCUUGAAACUGUCCAGCACGAAUGCUCAGAAGAGGAUGUAGCCUUCGACACGGUCAUAAACGAACUACUCCCCGACCUCAUCCGGGCGCGCGACCUCUGGUUGCAGCAGCAAGUGCGAGAAGACCAAUAUGGGCGGCCCGUCCGUCCUUUGACGCGCUACGAGCGGGCUUUGCUAAUCAGCGACAUUCAGUCGAAAUUGGACUCCGGUCAUCCUCUCACAUACCUGGAGGCUGUGAUUCUGCGUAAGCUCAAAGUCCAAAGGGCAAGAUUUUCCUAUCUCAACACCACCACCGUCACGCCCCUCCCGCCUCCCCGCCAAGACCCACCCGUCAAUCCGGAUGUCCUCGACGCACUAUAUUCAAUUCGCACCACCCCGUACGAAAGCUCCUUCCUCUCCCGGCUCCUCGGGGCAGACAGCGCCCCGACGCCCGGGCUCAUCGCCGUCGACUGGGACGCCUACUCCCCCUGGAUGGCCCUCAUGGACGAUAUCAGAGACCAUCACUCUCUCGCACAGCAAGCCGACUCGGUCAGCGCGCCUAUCGAGUACGUUUCACUGCAGCCGUGCCACCUUGAUCAAAUCCACGAUCUCCUGGCGCGGACGUUUUGGUCCGGCAUCGACGUAAGCGACUCAUUACAGUACUCGCCCGAGAAGUGCACGGUCGUCGCGGUGUACAAGAAACUCGUCGUCGGCGUGGCAUUUCUCAGCUCGCCGCAGGAGACGUACAUCACGUACCUCGCCGUGCGCACCGGAUGGGAGAACGCGCAGAUCGCAACCAACAUGCUGUACCAUCUGAUAACUCUCAACCCAAACAAAGACAUAACCCUGCACGUAUCAGUCAACAACCCCGCGAUGCUGCUAUACAACAGAUUCGGGUUCAAAGCAGAGGAGUUCAUCGUAGGCUUCUACGACGCCUACCUGGACCCGCAGUCGCGCGCAUCGAAGAACGCGUUCCGCCUGCGGCUCCGGCGAUGA